AUGUCGGCUACCACUUCAGACCUUCCAAAGGCACCGGCGGACGCCUCCAAGGCCGCGCUCGACUCGGCUGUCGACCAGACCGUCAACGGAGACGCUGCUGCUUCCACUUCUGAUGAAGCUGCUGCUGCCGCUGAUGCCUCGUCAAAUACUACUGGCAACGCCAACGAGUACCGCACAGUCUUCCAGGAUGCCAGCAACUUCAACGUCAAGCACCCGCUGUACAACUCGUGGACACUGUGGUUCGACAACCCAUCGCAAAAGGGCAUGGCAUCUGCACGCGGAACGAAGGACAGCUGGGGUGACGACAUGAACAAGGUCGUCGAUUUCGACAGCGUCGAAGAGUUCUGGGGGCUGUACAACAACGUGGUGCCCCCCUCGGAGCUGCCGCAGAAGGCCAACUACUACCUGUUCAAACAAGGCGUCAAGCCGGCCUGGGAGGACCCUGCCAACACCAACGGCGGCAAGUGGAGCAUCCAGCUGCCGCGCGAUAAGACGCGCGCGCAGAUCGACCGCCUCUGGCUCUACACAAUGCUCGCCGCCAUCGGCGAGACGCUUGAAGCACCGUUCCCCAACGGCACCCCGCCGCCCAGCAGCAGCCCCGACGACGAGCUCAUCACCGGCGUCAUCAUGUCCGCCCGAGCCAACUUCUACCGCAUCGCCAUCUGGACAAGAAAGGCCGAGGACACCGACGAGCUCGCAGCAAAGUUGCUCGACAUCGGAAAGCAGUUCAAGGUCAACGUGCUGGGUUACGACCUUGACGCCAAGAUUGGCCAGGGCUUGACUAGCGACGUCGAGUUCCAGAGCCACAAGGAGAGCGAGAAGAAGAAGGGCAAGAAGACGGUUGUCUAA